CAAUGGACAAAUAGAGUCUUGAAACGCUUCAAAAAUAAAGUUAUUCACUGUCAAAGUGGCGCAAAAAUGAAUGGCAGUCAAUGGGAUGCUAACUGCAGGUGAUGGCUUCUUAGCAUUAAAAUGACGCCAUAGAAGCUACGCUUAGUGAGGAGAGGCUUACCCCAUUGGUGCGAACCAACGGGACUUCAGCGUUAUUAUUUAUGUCCCCUCCCAGUCCAAAUCAAACUCACUCCACUCCGUCUGCUGAAGUACACACACGGUCCUCUCUCUUUCUCUCUCUGAAUAUGGCUCAGUCAAUUCUCGACACCAUGCCCGGAGCCACAACAGGGACCGUGCUGGUUACAGAUCCUCUGAACUUCUGGGGUGGGAAGCGAGUGAGGCCCAGGCAGGAGAAAAACGCAGAGCCCGUGUUUGAACCUGCGACUGGCCGUGUCCUGUGUCAGAUGGUACCCUGUGGUGCUGAGGAGGUGGAGGAGGCCAUAGAGAGUGCCCACGCUGCCUACCUAAAGUGGAGCAAGAUGGCAGGCAUGGAGAGGGCUCGGGUGAUGUUAGAGGCGGCCCGCCUUAUCAGGGAAAGAAGGGAGAAGAUUGCAAAGUUAGAAACAAUCAACAAUGGCAAGUCCAUCACUGAAACACUGGUGGAUAUUGAUAUAUCCUGGCAGACCAUUGAGUACUAUGCUGGCCUGGCUGGUACCCUUGCAGGCCAACACGUCCAGCUGCCUGGUGGAUCAUUUGCGUACACGCGGAGGGAGCCCCUCGGUGUGUGUGUAGGAAUCGGUGCGUUUAAUUACCCCUUCCAGAUCGCUGCAUGGAAAUCUGCUCCUGCUAUGGCAUGUGGUAACGCCAUUGUAUAUAAGCCCUCUCCAAUGACUCCUGUGACUGCCGUGAUUCUGGCUGAGAUCUACAAAGAGGCAGGAGUACCCGAUGGGCUCUUCUGUGUGGUUCAAGGUGGAGCUGACACUGGCACCUUGCUCUGCCAUCACCCAAAGGUGGCCAAAGUUUCCUUCACUGGCAGUGUGGCAACCGGCAAAAAGGUCAUGGAAAUGUCUGCAAAGGGGGUGAAGCAGGUGACUCUGGAGCUUGGAGGGAAAUCUCCCCUCCUGAUCUUCAAAGACUGUGAGCUGGAAAACGCAGUGAAGGGAGCACUCAUGGCAAACUUCCUGACACAGGGACAGGUUUGCUGCAAUGGGACCAGAGUGUAUGUGCAAAGAGAGAUCCUGCCCCGGUUCCUGGAAGAAGUGGUGAAGAGGACCAAGGCCAUCUCUGUGGGGGACCCCCUUUUGGAUGGCACCCGCAUGGGAGCGCUGAUCAGCAAGACGCAAUUGGAGAAAGUGCUGGGCUUUGUCAAUCAGGCCAAGAAAGAGGGAGCCAAAGUGCUUUGUGGAGGAGAGCCAUUUGUCCCCAGUGACCCCAAAUUGAAAGGGGGCUUUUUCAUGUCACCCUGUGUACUCGAUAACUGCAGAGAUGACAUGACCUGUGUGAAGGAGGAGAUCUUCGGCCCAGUCAUGUCUGUGCUGCCUUUCGACACGGAGGAAGAAGUGAUCCAAAGGGCCAACAACACCACCUUUGGAUUGGCUUCUGGAGUCUUCACCAGGGACAUUUCUCGAGCCCAUCGUGUGGCUGAGAAAAUGGAGGCAGGGACCUGCUUCAUCAACAACUACAACGUCAGCCCCGUGGAAGUGCCAUUUGGAGGAUACAAGAUGUCGGGCUUUGGCAGAGAGAACGGCCAGGUGACAAUCGAGUACUACUCCCAGCUGAAGACUGUGGUUGUGGAAAUGGGCGACGUCGAGAACUACUUCUAAGCGCCUCUCAUCAAGUGUGCACUAACUAACUAACGUUUUCACAUAAACGACUAAAAACAAUGCAGAAAACUCUAACUAAAGUGCAUUAUUUCUAUUAGAAGUGUCACAAUGUCUCACAGAAGAAGAAACGGUGCACGCACAGUGCUCAAAUACACACAAACCUGGGUGUCAAACCAACUGCUUCUUAAGGAAGACAUACGGUUGUUUGAUGUGUGUACAACCAGGAGCCUUAAUUACAAAAUCUGUGUGUAGCGAACUGUGACUCAGCACUAAUCAGUUGGUGUCAGAUGUUUAUGCCAACUAAUGCCUUUUUAUCCAAAUAAAAUGUUUCAGAUACAAAGUC